AUUGAAAAUCCCAAUGAUGAUAGCUCGAACUCAAUCCCUCUCAAAACUAAAGCCCCUCAUCUCCAUCUCCCUCAUCUCCCAAUCCCUCACCCCUAAACAAACCCCAUCUCCACAUCUCACUCCAAACCCUAACCCUAACCCCCAAUCCCAAACCCCAUCAAAGCCUCCGCCUUUACUCUUCUUCAAACCCUUCUCCUCUCUCCCUCUCAUCCGCGACGGAAACUACGAUGACUCCCCAACCGCCUCCGCCGCCGCCGUCUGCCCCGGUUGCGGGGUCCACAUGCAGGACUCGGACCCCAAAACCCCAGGCUUCUUCCUCAAACCCUCGAAAAAGGACCCCAGAACCUACAAACUGGGGCCCCAUCUCGAACCGGUCGCCCUAGAAUCCGAAUUCAACGAAGCCCUGAAGAAGGGUUUGAUAAUCGAGCCCCAAAACUUGGAUUCGGGUUCGGAUUUGAGUGAUUUGGGAUCGGAAUCGAAGCCGGAAAAGCCGGUAGUGUGCGCCAGAUGCCAUUCUCUGAGGCAUUAUGGGAGAGUGAAGGAUCCAACGGUGGAGAAUCUGCUGCCGGAGUUCGAUUUCCAUCACACGGUGGGGAGGAAGCUGGCAUUGGCAUCAGGGACAAGGCAGGUGGUGUUAAUGGUGGUGGAUGCUGCCGAUUUCGACGGCUCAUUUCCGAAAAAAGUGGCCAAGUUGGUGUCUGAUACGAUCGACGAGUUUUCCACUGCUUGGAAGCAGGGGAAGGCUGGAAAUGUGCCGAGAAUCGUGCUAGUUGUGACCAAAAUUGACCUGUUGCCGAGCUCAUUGGGGCCGACUAGGUUGGAGCAUUGGGUUAGGAGCAGAGCAAGGGAGGGAGGGGCGGAGAAGAUUACGAGUGUGCAUUUGGUGAGUGCAGUGAGAGAUUGGGGGUUGAGGAGUUUGGUGGAGGAUGUGGCCAGCUUAGCAGGGCCGAGGGGUAAUGUGUGGGCGAUAGGGGCGCAGAAUGCCGGGAAGAGUACUUUGAUCAACGCGAUAGGGAAGCAUGGUGGAGGGAAGAUUACUCAUUUGACUGAGGCGCCGGUGCCGGGGACUACAUUGGGGAUUGUGAGAGUGGAAGGUGUGCUUCCUGGUAAGACUAAGCUGUUUGAUACGCCGGGGCUUUUGAAUCCUCAGCAGAUUACAACUAGGUUGACUAGAGAGGAGCAAAAGCUUGUGAAUAUUAGCAAGGAGUUGAAACCGAGGACCUACAGGAUCAAGGAUGGCUAUUCAGUUCAUAUUGCUGGGCUUAUGAGGCUGGAUAUAGAAGAAUCAUCUGUAGAUUCUGUUUAUGUGACAGCAUGGGCAUCUCCUUAUCUCCCAUUACACAUGGGAAAAACAGAAAAUGCAUCUGAAAUGGUAGAGAAGCAUUUUGGCCGUCAGUUACAGCCACCAAUUGGUGAGAAUAGAGUUAAGGAGCUUGGACAGUGGGUGAGAAAGGAGUUCCACAUCAGUGGAAACAGCUGGGAUUCAAGUUCGGUGGACAUUGCUGCUGCAGGUCUUGGCUGGUUUGCUGUCGGACUUAAAGGAGAGGCAGUUUUGAGUGUUUGGACUUAUGAUGGAAUCAAUGUUGUUCUUCGCAAUUCAUUACUUCCUAAUAGAUCAUACAAUUUUGAAGUUUCCGGGUUUACAGUCUCUGAAAUUGUCUCGAAGGCUGACAAAGCUUCAAAUAAGUCACAGCGUCAGAAUGAGAAGAAGAAGAAGAAACAAUCUGACCACCAAAAGGAAAAGGACUCUGUCACCUGCUAAUAUCAUAUUGGAACCGUCGUGGCUGAACUUCCGUAUAGGACUGGAUGUCUACUGAGCAAAGGAUUUGUGAAAGUGUUCCAACUGUUGUUCAUCAAUUACACUACACGUGAGUGAGGAAUGCUAGCAAGCUGCAUACUUUUGGCUUCCUAUUCAAGCCGAGAUGAUUUUUGCCAGGCACAAUAUCCAGAACAGCUUCAUUGCAUUGCUAGUGAAAGGUGGCUCACACAAGGAUGAAACCUAUGAUCUCUACCUAUGGUUUCUCAACCAAUAAGUGCAUCAGCCUGGUUUCUCAUACCAUUUUUCAUGGGUUUCUCAUCAUGUGACUUUACUUGCAUUACUGUAUAUUACUUCUUCCCUUGUAAAUUAUAACUUGUUAGUCUCAAGACUAGCAAUUAUCAGUUGAGGUGUGAUCAUUUCAUA